CACAACCCAGCAGAGUCUCUGAAACACUGAGAACCAACAUGUCUGUUCCCUGUGACGUCUGCACUGGAUCCAAACUGAAGGCCCUGAAGUCCUGCCUGGUUUGUCAGACCUCCUACUGUGAGACUCACCUGGAGCCUCAUCUGACAGCUGCACGUCUGAAAAGACAUCAGCUGGUGGAGCCUGUGGAGAACCUGGAGGACAGGAUUUGUACGAAGCACAAUAAACCUCUGGAGCUGUUCUGUAAGACCGACCAGACAUGUGUCUGCAUGCUCUGCUCUGUUUUAGACCACAAGAAUCAUGAGUUUGUUCCUCUGAGAGAAGAAUAUGAAGGAAAGAAGGCAGAUCUGGAGAAGACAGAGGCUGAGAUUCAGCAGAUGAUCCAGAAGAGACGACUGAAGAUUCAGGAGAUCAAAGAGUCUCUGAAGAUCAGUAACGAUGCUGCAGACAGAGAGAAAGCAGAAGGUGUUCAGGUCUUCACUGAUCUGAAGGAGUCUGUUGAGAGACGUCUGAAGGAGUUCAUGAAGGAGAUGGAAGACAAACAGAAAACUGCAGAGAAACAGGCUGAAGACUUCAUCAAAGAUCUGGAACAGGAAAUCUGUGAGCUGAAGAAGAGGAGCUCUGAGGUGGAGCAGCUCUCACGCUCUGAAGAUCACCUCCACAUCCUCCAAAGAUUCUCAUCCCUGAAAGAUGCUCUACCCACCAAGAACUGGACAGAGGUCAGAGUCCAUCCACCUUCAUAUGAGGGGACUGUGGUGAGAGCUGUGGAGCAGCUGGAGAAGAACCUCAGAGAAAAGAUGAAGAAGCUGCUCGCUGAAGCUGAGCUGAGGAGGAUCCAGCAGUUUGAAGCUGAUGUGACUCUUGAUCCUGAUACAGCACAUCCUAAACUCAUCUUGUCUGAUGAUGAAAAACAAGUCUAUCAUGUUGAUGUGAAGAAGAAUCUUCCAGAUAAUCCAGAGAGAUUCUCUACAUGUGUUUGUGUUUUAGGAAAACAUAGUUUCUCUUCAGGCAGAUUUUACUUUGAGGUUCAGGUUAAAGGAAAGACUGAAUGGGAUGUUGGAGUGGCCAGAGAGUCGAUCAACAGGAAGGCAGCAAUCAAUCUGAGACCUCAGAAUGGUUACUGGACUGUUUGUCUGAGAAAUGUAAACGAGUACAAAGCUCUUGCAGGUCCUCCAGUCCGUCUCCAUCUCAGUUCUCCUCCUGAGAAGUUGGGGGUGUUUGUGGAUCAUGAGGAGGGUCUGGUCUCCUUUCAUGAUGUAGAUGCUGCAGCACUUAUCUACUCCUUUACUGGCUGCUCCUUCAGGGAGAAACUCCACCCGUAUUUCUGUCCUUGUGUCAAUGAUGGAGGUAAAAACUCUGCUCCUCUGAUCAUCUGUCCUGUCAAUCAAACUGUCUGAUCUUUGAUACAAUGAAUCUUCAUCAACUCUGAAUGUUCAUGUGAAAUUAUUAAAGAUUCACUCUGAUUGAUGGAAACAAAUGUUCAAGUUCUCUCCAAAGUUCUUUCAUCUCAUUAAAGUGAUAAUUUAGUUUGAUUGAUCAUAUCGUUGGCAUUUCUAGCUUCUUUUUAGGGGUGCUACAGCACUGAACCCCCCAAAAAAAUACCCAGGUUCAGGUAGGAGUGUAUGAUCACAUGGUGUGACUUAAUUUCUCAUUGCAACCAAAUAUUCAAUUAGAUUGAUGUAAUUUGGAUCAAUUUAUAUAAUUUAUUAGAUAUAGAUUAUUGUAUAUUAUAUAGAUUAUUAUAUAGACUAUUAUAUAUACUAUUUCAUAUGUGGUUGACAGUAAAAAGAAAGGGAGGGGCAGAGAGAGGACUUCAUUAGUAUUUUUAUUAUAAUUUUUUAUAUCAAUGUCAGGAGACAGAGAAGGAUCUUGCAGACCACAAAUAGGAAUGCACCUACUUGUGUGGUGUCAAGGGUCAUCCACCAUGAAUUGCACUUCAAUUUAAGCUAAAUUUCAGCCUUGUAAUUAUUGUAAUUUUUUGUUGUGUGACUUGUGUGUCUGUAAUUGUAAUUUCUUUUAUGCUGCUGUCUUGGCCAGGCUUCCCUUGAA